AUGUCCUCCAUCACCCCCGCCGACUUUGCCGCCCUCCACCUCGUCCACCAUCUCAUUCUCGACCAACUCAUCGCGUCCGCCCCUCACUCCGCCCUCCGUCUCUGCUCAGCAGUCUACACGCGCGCUAUUCCUGUGCUCUAUCGGGAAAUCUACUCCUCGCCUGCUGUCUUCAGAGGCCUGCAGCUGCAAGCGGGGUAUGAGAGAACAGUGAAGGCUUUGGCGCACACCAAGACUAUCAUAGUCGGCGGCUUCGACAGCAUCGAUACCCUCUAUGCUCUCGCCGGUCCACGGCCGGAGAAACCUCCCGACCCAUCCUUGAGUCCUUGCUCGAGUUCUUGCUCGAGUUCUUCCUCGAGUCCUCCCUCGAGUCCUCCCUCGUCUCCUCCCUCGUCUCCUGUUGCCGCCUGUCCAUGCUACCCUCGCCGCUACUUCGGUCUAUUCCCGAACCUCGACCGCCUCGAGUUCACGUCUUUUGCGGUAGAGUCAGGAUACAUUGCGUAUCUCAACAGACUCGACGGCCCAGAGGGACAUGACCAUGAGCCACUUUUGUGGCAGCGGCUCUGCUUCCAGCUGCCAAAUGAUGUGAGGGAGAUGAUUUUUGUCCUGGACAACGACAGCAGAAACCAUUGGUUCGAGGUCGAGCAGCAUAUCAUGUUCCAACGUCCGCAUAAAGCUGUCGUUUUCAUCAGAGAGACGGUCAAGACGGCAGCUCAGGUCGCCGAGUCAGGAGAGAGUUUUGCGAGACUAGGUGAACAGCUGCCUUCACUGUGGUCCAACGCCAAACGUCUCACGGUCUUCGUUGAUACCAAUGAAGCUUUGGAUUGGAGCGAUCACGAACAAGUGCGACGUUACGCAAUCCCCAUGGGUAAGGCGCUUUCAAAAUUCGCUCAAAGGUUCGCAAUGAUCGUUUCUUCUUGGCGAUGGGAGUGGGCGUUGGGAGACGAAGGAGAUUUGGACAGGAAGUUGGUCGAUCAUAUCCAGAUCCACAUCCCCCUUGUUGGAAAAGUGCUAGAGGAAAUGAGUGAAGAAGGGCGAAAGCAGGUGGAUCAGCUCGUGAUGAAUGGGAGAUUGGUGUUGGGAGAGUAUGAAGGGUGGAUGGUGGAUGAUCUGCAUGUGAUGGAAAGACGUCAGGACGGUAUUUCUUCUCUAUGA